AUGGCUCUUGGUGCUCCUAUAAACAUUAAAAAAUGGAUUGAAGAAAAUUCUCACCUCUUAAAACCUCCAGUGAACAAUUACUGUCUUCACCGUGGUGGAUUCACAGUUAUGAUUGUUGGUGGACCAAAUGAAAGAAGUGAUUAUCAUAUCAAUCCAACUCCUGAAUACUUCCACCAAUUGAAAGGAACAAUGUGUUUGAAGGUUGUUGACGAUGGUGAAUUUAAGGAUAUUUUAAUUCAUGAAGGUGAUUCCUUCCUUUUACCUGGAAAUACUCCUCACAAUCCAUGUCGUUUUGAAGAUACUAUUGGAUUAGUUGUUGAACAAGAUAAACCAGAAGGUGUCAAUGAUAAGAUUAGAUGGUACUGUUCCAAAUGUCAAAACAUUAUCUACGAAGAGGAAUUUUAUUUGACUGACUUGGGUACUCAAAUUAAAGAUGCCAUUGUUAAGUUUGAUGGUGACAUGGAUGCAAGAACUUGCAAAGAAUGUGGAACAUUAAAUUAUUCUAAAAGAUAG